AUGAAGGUCCUUAUUGUUGCCAACAUGCUAGCCAUGACCGCCACCAUGGUCACAGCCUUCCCAGUCACCGCCGACUCUCUCAACUGCCGAGCCGAGCCCAACACCAGCUCCGCGGUCAAAAAGACGUACAAAAAGACCGACGACGUCAAGAUAUCCUGCCAAACCGAGGGACCCUCCAUCAACGGCAACUCCAUCUGGGACAAGACCCAGGACGGCUGCUACGUCGCCGAUUACUACAUCAAGACCGGCUCCUCUGGCUACGUCACGGGCAAAUGCGGCGGCGGCGGCGGCGGCCCCAACCCUCCCCCGUCCGGCGGUUUCUGCAAGACGCUCAACAAGGCCGGCACCGACCUCAUCACCCGCUGGGAGGGCUUCGUCGACCGACCCAAGCCCGACCCCAUCGGCCUGCCCACCGUGGGCUACGGCCAUCUGUGCCAGAAGAAGAGCUGCGCCGAGGUCAAGUACACGUUCCCGCUGACCAAGGCCACGGCUCUCCAGCUUCUCAACGACGACCUGCCCAGCUACACCAAGUGCUUGGGCAAGGUCCUCGACGCCGGCAAGGUCAAGCUCAACGAGAACCAGUGGGCUGCCCUGACCUCCUGGGUGUUCAAUGUCGGCUGCGGCGCUGCCCAGUCCUCGAGUCUCGUCAAGCGGCUUAACCGUGGCGAGAAUGCCAACACUGUUGCCUCUGAGGAACUGCCCAAGUGGAAGAUGGGUGGUGGCAGGGUCCUGCCUGGCCUUGUUAAGCGUCGCGCGGACGAGGUCGCGCUUUUCAAGAUUGCUUCUUCUAGGAGUGCUUUCCCUCAAUGCCAGUAG